UCUGUGUCACUUUGGAAACCUUUUACUUCACCGUUCACCAAUCAAAAGAAAGGUCCAGUUAACAACCUAGUUUCCACCAUUCUUAACCCUAAGCCAAAAGUGGAAUAAAGAAAGAUGGCAGGACGAUGCUUAUCUUUACAUUUUUACCCGAAAAAACCGAUUUAGAAAUGUAUAAUGCAAGGGCAAUCAGGUCAUUCAUUUCUGACAAAUGAACAAACUGAGACAACAUCUCAGUUCUCACUGAACUUAAAAAGUACUCUCAGCUUCACCACCACUCAAUUCUCACAAUGAUGUUGCAAGAACUUUGUUUGGUUUGCUUAAUCAGUUUCACUCUACUUGUCGUCCAUGUUGGUUCAACUCAACCUCCAUUUUCAUGUGAUUCAUCGGACCCAUCAACCAAAAACUACCCUUUUUGCCAAACCACACUACCCAUUAUUCAAAGGGCUAGGGACCUUGUUUCCAGGCUGACAUUAGAUGAGAAAAUCUCUCAACUUGUUAACUCAGCUCCAGCAAUUCCACGGCUUGGUAUCCCAACCUACGAGUGGUGGUCCGAGGCAUUACAUGGUGUUACCAGCGUAGGCCCUGGGAUCAAGUUUAAUGGUACUAUUAAAGCUGCCACUAGCUUCCCUCAGGUCAUCCUCACUGCUGCUUCUUUUGAUGCUUAUCAAUGGUACCGCAUUGGCCAAGUGAUCGGAAGAGAAGCAAGAGCAAUAUAUAAUGCAGGGCAAGCAUAUGGAAUGACAUUUUGGGCACCAAAUAUUAACAUAUUCAGGGACCCCAGAUGGGGGAGAGGGCAGGAGACCCCAGGGGAGGAUCCACUUGUUACAGGGAAAUAUGCAGUGUCAUAUGUAAGAGGGAUUCAAGGAGACACCUUUCAAGGAGGGAAGCUCAAUGGGCACCUUCAAGCUUCUGCUUGUUGUAAGCAUUUUACGGCUUAUGAUUUGGAUAAUUGGAAGGGUAUGAACCGGUUUGUCUUUGAUGCUCGUGUUACUGUGCAAGAUUUAGCCGACACAUACCAACCACCAUUCCAGAGCUGUGUACAAGAUGGACGAGCAAGCGGCAUAAUGUGUGCUUACAACAGAGUGAAUGGAGUCCCAAGCUGUGCAGAUUCCAAUCUCUUAUCCAAGACAGCGAGAGGAUUAUGGGAUUUCAAAGGGUAUAUCACAUCGGAUUGUGAUGCAGUCGCGAUCAUUCAUAAUGCUCAAGGAUAUGCCAAAUCACCGGAAGAUGCUGUUGUUGAUGUUCUUACAGCUGGCAUGGAUGUCAACUGUGGAUCCUACUUGCAGAAAUAUACCAAAUCAGCAGUAAUGCAGAAAAAACUGCCUGAAUCUGAAAUAGACAGAGCUCUGCAUAAUCUCUUUGCUGUUAGAAUGAGGUUAGGCCUUUUUGAUGGAAAUCCAGGGCAACGUCCUUUUGGCAACAUUGGGACUGACCAAGUUUGCUCCCCAGAGCACCAGGUUCUAGCACUUGAAGCUGCUCGCAAUGGCAUUGUCCUUUUAAAGAAUGAUGCAAAACUCCUUCCACUUCCAAAAGCAACCACGUCCCUUGCUGUAAUAGGCCCUAAUGCCAAUUCUGCAAAAACACUUCUUGGAAACUAUGCAGGCCCUCCGUGCAAGUCUGUUACUCCUUUGCAAGCAUUACAGAGCUAUGUUAAGAACACUGUUUACCGCCCUGGUUGUGAUACUGUUUCUUGUUCUACUGGUGCAAGUGACAAAGCUGUAGACAUAGCAAAACAGGCAGAUUAUGUAGUGUUGAUGAUGGGAUUAGAUGAAACUCAAGAAAGAGAGGAGCUUGAUCGUGUUGAUUUGUUGCUUCCUGGGAGGCAACAGGAACUCAUCACUAGUGUUGCAAAAGCUGCAAAGAGACCGGUUGUUUUGGUGCUUCUUUCUGGAGGUCCAAUUGAUGUUUCUUUUGCCAAGGAUGAUCCGAGAAUUGGUGGCAUUUUUUGGGCAGGUUAUCCCGGACAAGGAGGAGGUAUUGCACUUGCAGAAAUAAUCUUUGGUGAUCACAACCCAGGGGGAAGAUUACCUGUAACUUGGUAUCCUCAAGAGUUUACCAAAGUACCAAUGACAGACAUGAGGAUGAGGCCCGAAUCAUCUUCAGACUAUCCUGGCCGCACCUAUAGAUUCUAUAAAGGAGACAAAGUCUUUGAAUUUGGUUAUGGCAUUAGUUAUUCAAAGUAUUCUUAUGAGUUCACCCGUGUGUCCCAAAAUAGUAUUUACUUGAAUCAUUCUUCAAGUUUACGUACGACUGUGACCUCAGAUUCCGUACAAUACAAACUAGUUUCAGAGUUAGGUGCAGAAGUCUGCGAUCAAAGGAAGUUUAUAGUUUGUGUUGGAGUGAAAAAUCAUGGGGAGAUGGCAGGUAAGCAUCCCGUGUUGCUAUUUGCAAGGCAAGGAAACCGUGGAGAUGGGAGGCCAAAGAAACAAUUGAUUGGAUUCCAAAGUGUGAUUUUAAGUGCAGGGGAAAUGGCUGAAAUUCAGUUUGAGGUAAGCCCCUGUGAGCAUCUAAGUAGGGCUAAUGAAUAUGGUCUGAUGGUAAUGGAAGAAGGAAUACAUUUCCUGGUUGUAGGAGAUGAUAAGCACCCAAUUACUAUUGUAAUUUGAUACAUGUGGGCCAGACAGGCCACAAGUUCCGAUAAUAAUUUAUCAAGUACAUAAGAUAUUAAUAUCCAUCAUGUAUUUUUAGGAAGAAGCUUUGUUUUAAUUCUACUUUGUAUCUAGUUGUUGGUUGAAUGAAACAUAUGGCAGAAGGCCAGACUAUGCAUGCAAAACAUUUAUUAAGGUGGCCUUCAGAAAAAACAAUCUUCAGUUUAAGCCAACAUGAUCUUCCAAAUUGUACCAAGAUUGAGAUUUUCCAGACCAAACAAUU